CAGGGGUAGACUGACCAUUUGGAAACUCGGGCACUGCCCGAGGGCCCGGGGUCGGUAGGGGGCCCCAUGAGAUGUCCCUGGUACCUUUUUCAUAGGCUUGGGCAAGGACACAGGGGCCCCAUGAUCCCCUAUUGCCUGGGGGCCCCCAUUCGAGCACUCGGGCACUGCCCGAGGGCCCGGGGUCAGUAGGGGGCCCCAUGAAAUGCCCCUGGUACUUUUUUUUUUUUUUUUUUUUUUUUUAUUUUUUUUUUUUUUUUUUUUAUAGGCUUUUUUGGGUGUGCUUUGAGUUUGGGCAAGGACACGGGCCCCAUGAUCCCCUAUUGCCCGGGGGCCCC